CCUCCAGCAUGAUUUCCUCUGACAGAUGUUGAGCACAGAGUUGCACUGGAGCACCUGGGGAUUCCCAGAAAGGUGUUAGCCUCCAGGCCUCUGGAUGUCUCUCUAUCUGUCCAGCAAAAGACGAACAGGAAACUAAGGAGGGUCAGCAGCAGCAAUCAUGGCCGAGGAAGAAGAAGAAAACUCUCAAACUGGACAAGGCUUGCAGGAAUUGGUUGACCAGUUGUAUCAUUUUCGAGACCAUUAUUUUGAGAGCCACAGCGUAGAGGAUGCUGGGAAAAAGCAGCAGGAUGUACAAGAGAGGAUGGAGAAGACUCUUCAGCAAAUGGAAACAAUGGAAGGCCUGUCUGAAGGUCGAGCUCACACGCUGAUGCUGAAGGGAAAAGCUUUGAAUGUGUCUCCAGAUUAUAACGCCCAAGCUGAAGAGUUGCUUUCCAAGGCUGUCAAAUUGGACCCAGAACUGGUGGAAGCCUGGAAUCAUUUGGGGGAAGUUUAUUGGAAAAAGGGUGACAUCUCGGCUGCCCAUACUUGCUUUUCUGGAGCACUCAGCCAUUGCAAGAACAAGGUCUCUCUGCAGAAUCUCUCCAUGGUGCUACGGCAGCUGCGCACAAGCUCUGCUGAUGAGCAUGCACAGAAUGUGAUGGACAGUGUGCGGCAGGCCAAGCUGGCUGUGCAGAUGGACGUGCGUGACGGCCGUUCCUGGUAUGUUCUGGGCAAUGCCUACCUCUCCUUGUUCUUCAAUACAGGGCAGAACCCCAAGAUCUCCCAGCAGGCGCUGAGUGCCUAUGCCCAAGCAGAGAAAGUAGACCCCACUGCAUGUUGUAAUCCUGAUCUACACCUGAAUCGAGCUACGCUGCAUAAGUAUGAAGAAAACUACAUGGAAGCUCUAGAGGGUUUUUCACGGGCCUCAGCUCUUGAUCCUGCUUGGUCGGAACCACGCCAAAGAGAGCAGCAGCUCCUAGAUUUCCUAGUCAGGCUAACCAACCUCCUUGAAAACAAGGGAAAGGUAAAAAGCAAGAAGCUGCAAAGCAUGGUAGGAAACUUGCAUCCCUCUCAACUGGGCCCUUGUGGUGAUGGCCACUACCAAGGUCCCUCUGGUCAGAAGGUGGAACUGGAGCAGCGGCCGCUAAGUGCCUUGCGGCCUGGUGUUAACUCUGGCACUGUUGUGCUAGGGAAGGUGCUGUUCAGCCUGACCACAGAGGAAAAGGUGCCCUUCACAUUUGGUCUCACUGACUCCGUUGAUGGCCCUUGUUUUGCUGUUACUGUUUACAAUAUGGCACAAAGCUGGGGGGUUCUGAUUGGAGACUCAGUGGCCAUCCCUGAACCUCACCUUCGGCACCAUCACAUCCAGCAUCAAGGAAAGAGUUUCACCUUCUCUGACAUCCGGGUGGAAACUCCUUUGUUGCUGGUGGUGAAUGGCAAGGUCCAGGGAUCCCAGAGCCAGGCUGCUGCCACAGUGGCAUACCAGGCACAGAGUGAAUGAAGAUGGGAAGCAGAAGGCAACGUGGGGACUGCUCCUUCUUUCCAGAGGUGUUUGGCCUUGUGCCUGUCUCUGCUACCUCUCAGAAAAUCUAAACAUUUAAUGGCCAAGGGAAAUUGAACCAGGUUUUUUGGGUGUUUUUUUUUUAAUAACAUCUGAAGGCAUUAGGUGAUGGAGAAGCAGAGAAGGGAUUACAGGAGGUGUACCCCCAGUGAGGCUUAUUUGGUUCCAUCUCAAUUCCACUGCCAUAGGAAUUGACAUGUGCCUUAAUCUAUUACUAUAAUAAAAUUAGACUCCCUAAAUUGGACUGGAAAAACCAGGAGGCUGCCCAGUUAAGUCCGCGUUGCUUCUCUUUUCUCCAAUCCCUCUCACUAAGGCAGCUUUAUCUUUGUUCUUGGGAAGGAUAACCCCUUGGACCAUUUUAUUUGAACUUAGGCACUCAGUCUCCUUGGCUCUUCUGUUUGUUUGGAUUUUGGUGUGUGAGUUUUUUUUUUAAAAAAAUCUCAUUGAGUUGAAUCCAGACUUAGUUAUAAUUACAGCAAUUUCACUGAAGUCAGUACCAUAUAAGUUAAUCAUGACUUAAAUCCCAGUGAUUGCAGUAUGCUGUUAGUAUGGACUAACUCUGGAUCCAAUUUGUUGUAUUUUAUUUUGUGUAUAUAGGAGAUAAUAACAUCCAUAUUUAUUUGGUAAAAUUCUGAGUUUCUGUAAUUUUAUAUAUAAUUUUUCAGAUUUUUGGUCAUUUUCCCAGUUAAUUUUCCCAGUUAAUAAAAUGUGUAUUGUUUACCAA